UCCGAAAUUCGCGAUUUUAAUAAUUAUUAUUUUAUUUUUAAAAGAUCUUACGUAAAGUCACAAACAUGGUGUCUUAAUUUAUUUUUACCAUAGAUGGCGCCACCGUGCUCGAGGUAGUUAUUUUUUAGGAUUUUUUUUGGGUGAAGUUAUAUUACUCUUUGGGUAUUAGAAAUACCUUUACAUUAACUUUUAUAGUUAUGUAAUGAGAUAUCUCGUCUCAUGCGCGGGAAAACUGCGAAAAUUUUCGCAGUGUAAGCAGCAAGUUUUGUAUAAGCAGCAAAUUUUACUAAGGACGCAAUCUUAUUUAACCUAUUCAUUAUUGAAAAUGAAUUCCGGAAGUGGAUUUGUGAAACCACCCAACAUUCUCAUUUAUGUGGGAGAAAAUCGGCAACAUGUUUUUAAAAAUGUAGCUACUAACAUCCUUCGUUGUCUCAACGUAGAUAAAUAUGUUGUUUAUGAACUUAAGAAAUCUCAAGUUCUCGCAACUCCAUGGAAAGAAAAUGUAGCUGUUUUAGUGUUGGUUUCGGAAGAAAUUGAAUCUAGUAUUUCUGAAGCUUUCAAAAAUUAUCUCGAUAAUAAAGGCAAGAUGAUUAUAUUUUGUUCAAAUUUUGAAUAUAUUAGAGCUGGUUUGAAAUAUAAUGUAGUACCUGGAGGGGACAAAGUGAAUAUUAGUUAUAAAAAUAUUUUGAACGUUCCUGUUAUUCGUGGGAAGUAUUCAUAUACUCUUGAUGGUGGACAUAUUCUGGCUACGAAUUCUGACGAAGAAUCUGUAAUAAUUAAAUCUAAUGAAAGUGGCGAUUUUAUUAUUUCAUCAGUUCACUUGGCAUUAGAUCCUGAAUUGGUCAGUCAUACUGAAGAUGCAGAAAAAGAUAAAGAAAAUCGUUUGCUGAUAUUAAAGAGUAUUUUAGGUGAUCAAUUAGGAUUAGAAAUAAAAUCUGUAACCAUACCUUCACCUACUCCUGGUUAUGUCAUUGUUGAUGAUGACAAACUGCUUGGUGAACUCAAGAGCAAAUUCAAUUCCAAAGAAAUUCACCUUGGAAAGCUUGAAAACUCCUUUUCAGUCACAGCUGAAUUGCUAGGCACUUCUGCUGAUGUAUGUGUGCCUAUAUUAUUUGAAAGUGAUGGGGCAGCCCCAAUUAUUUUUGACAAGAUAGCUUACUUUUCAAACUUAAAAUCUGAUCAUUUUGGCCAUACCGUGGUUUAUUUUCCUGUUAUAACUUCCACAAUGAUUGCAGCUGAACAACUCUCUGAGCAUGAGAAUAUAGUUAUAAUAGCUGGGCGACAGAUAUCUGGUCGAGGUAGAUCCGGUAAUAUAUGGAUAAGUCCAGAAGGUUCUGCGAUGUUUACUCUGCAUUUUAGCUUAUCAUUAUCCUCAAAAUUAGGCCAAAGAAUGUCAUUGUUGCAACAUAUGGCAUCUCUUGCUGUUGUUCAUAGUAUCAGAAAAAAUCCAAUAUAUAACAAACUUAAUUUAAGACUUAAAUGGCCUAAUGAUUUGUAUUUAGGAAAAGAUAGGAAAGUUGGUGGUGUUCUUGUCAAUACUACAAUCCAAGGAAGUAUAGCUCAUGUUUAUAUCGGAAUUGGAAUCAACGUUGCAAAUGAACAACCUACAGCAUGCAUCAAUAGUGCAAUUGAAUCUCAUAAUUCAGUCACUGGUGAUAUUUUGCCUUUACUGAAACCAGAAGAAGUGAUUGCUUUGGCAUUAACUGAGCUAGAAAAUAUAAUUGAUGAAUUUACGAAAUCUGGACUAGAUAACUUUUUAUCUUCAUAUUAUUCGUACUGGCUUCAUAGUGGUCAGCGUGUCACUCUUUCUUCUAUUAAUAAAGAAGCAAUAAUACAAGGUUUAGAUGAUUAUGGAUUUUUGAUUGUUCAAACUGCGGAAAAAAAAUGUUUAACUUUGCAGCCUGAUGGGAAUCGCUUUGACAUGAUGCAAAAUUUAAUAAUCAGCAAAUAAUGUUGCCAAAUUUAUUUUUACAAAGUUGGUUUUUCUGUUGUUUUUUUUAUGAUAGAUAUUUGAUAAGCUCGAGUGACAUUAUAUUAUUUGAAAAUUUUAUUUUUUAUACCAAUAUGAGAUGAUUCAUUAUUCUAAUUUCAAGCUGUAUCUUAGAUGAUGCAUUUAAUAUCUAGAAAUUUAUUUAUCUUUAUUGUUUUAGAGA